UUAUCUGUCAACUUAAUGCUGUCAACUGAAUGUUUUUGCAUAUCACCAUGUUGAUCUCCACAAUAUUACUGAUACAAAUUUGUAGCUCUGCCAUGAAAAGUUAAAACCUUGGUGUUUUAUAAAUAGGCUAAGUUCUGACUUUCAAUUGAAAUAUUCAAGUGCGAUAUCUGAGAAACACGAUUUCCUUGGCGCCGUGAAAGCACCACGUACACCCUGUCCAAUCACGUGUCUCUAUUUUAUGGCGAGAAGGAUUUUGAACCUCACAGCGCCGUUUGUUUGAGACCAGUUAUCCUGCUACUUUCAACUAUCAACUAUCGAGAAAACCGAUUUAAUGUGCACUAUGGACCUGAAUUUUGACAAGCAAAUGCGAGACAAUAGUCUCAUCUACAAAAUGUCGCUGGAUCGAAUAAUAGAAAAGUAUUCAAAGCUUCAGUACCAAGACGGGGCGAUAGAGGUGGACCUCGACAACACAAAUACCCGAAUUCAGUGGUUGUCAUGUGGUCUGGUGUCAUUGUGUGUCUUUUCUGUCUUGACUCCCUGUAUGAUGAAGCAAUUGAGAACUACAUGAAACUGUCAAAAACAGAGCUGAACAAGCUGGAGUCAAAGAGCCUGACAGAUUUAAGAGACGAGUCACUGAGAUCCCAGGACAUUACAGGACACUAUCAGGAUGGUGGAGCUGAUGAGACGUGUGUUUCUAGUAUUUCCUCUUCCCACAUCUCCAUGCAUGAUGAUGAUGAUGAUGAUGAUGAUGAUGGUGGGUUGGCUACAAGUGACACAACUCAACUGACUGUGAGCUCACUGGAUGAAAGCCAGAGAAACCUUUCUGCGACGGAGCUCCAGCCCGAAGACCAAGAUGAGGAACUGGAAAUGUCGCUGGGUAGUCGCAGCGGCUCUUGGGUGGAGCUCUACCCCAGCAUGAUCAGUCGAAUAGAGAGGGCCUGGCACCGGCAGCAUGUCUCGGAGGCUGCUGACUCUGUGCUGAGGAGGUACCGUCGAUGGCGACAGCACCCAAAUAGAAGCUAUCUCAACAACACCUUCACUGUCACGUUGAGACACGGCAAUCCAAAAAAGAUGUUGAGCGAGACGCUGCUCAGGGAGACUUCUAACAGUCCUGUGAAAAUGCAGUUCAUGAGGACUGAAGCAACCCCCCGGUCUCCUUUGCAGAUGGUGACCAUGAAUCCGCAGGAUUGGCAAGCACAGCAGCAGUCUCCUGGGAGGGGGAGAGGCUCGCUGAGGAGAGAGCAGCACCAGCCUGUCCUCGCCAUGGACCUCUCUGGUUGCUCUGAGACCACUAAACCAAAAGAGAUCUCUUUGAAUGAGACCUUCAAUGUGUCCCAGCUGGGAGAACAGCCCUCCACUUACACUGUCAGUCCUUCACGGCCUUUCUAUCCCACUGCAAAAGCACCUCUGGAUGUGUCUCUCAGGUGUAAAAGACUCUCUCUCGCCGCACACUCACCGCAGACUGAUGGGUCCAAAGAGAGACCAGACGUCAACGGCUCACCAGUCAGGCAGAGUCCUUUAAAAGCAAGGAUGAUUAGCGGCCUCUGUAGGUCACCUCAUGUCUUUUCCAGAAGCCCCAAAGCACAUUCUGUAGAAAACCUCUCCAGAGAGUUUAGGAGGCCCAGAUCAAUGUCCACUUCCCUUUCCUCCCCUCCCCAAAGGCCAACUGUGCCACUGAGGAUGCUUGACCCUCAUGACUUCCAUCAUUCCUUCCAGUCACAGCCGCAUUCACCUCAGUCGGCCACAGCAGCAGAGGGUCGUCACAGGCUGCGCCGGCACCUUUCCUUCGACUCUUCCCUGCCGUCAUUCCAUGUCUCCUACUCGCCAAAGAAGCUUGAUGAGGACUUCAUAAAACUCUACCACAAGUUCGUCUGCCAGAACAAAUCAUCGUUCUUUAAUGGGGCUCCCUGCCGUUACUGUGCUAGAAGCUCCGAGGCCAGCAGAGGCCACUCUUCCACAGCUCUGGCCGCCCUCGCCUUAUCGCCUCACCGCUCCCUCCUGAGGAAGCGCCAUAGGGAGCUAGGCUGGGACAGCCACCCCCAGUCCAAACGCUCCAGGGACGAGUACUGCACAUCCCGCCCAGGCUCCAUUAGCCAUGGGAACGAGAUGCUGAGGCGACGUCUCUGUCAGUCUGAAUAUGAGCAGUCUCAUGGUGGCCUCUCCUACAGCCCCAGUAAAUACAGCAUGCUUCAAAGAUUCAGCACCGAGCAGCGCUCUACAGAUGCGCAUCAGGAAACCUGGAUGAGUCAGGGCCGCCGUCUAUCUGCAACUGAGUUUUCCGGCCUGGGAGGUUCAUUUGAGAGAAAAAUGACCGACGGCUUCUCCCCCAGAAAGUGGUGUUGAACAAGGAUUACACCAGCCCAUCCACAGAAGUUCUCUAACAAGUAUCAUUGUACAUUACUGUCAUGUAACAAAUAUCAAUGUGAAAGUGUAGCAGCAUGAGGGCAUUUCUUUCUUUCAGCUGGUAAAGUGUGAGCUCAGGAAACUGUAUUACUCAACUGCAAUUGUUGACAUGUUAAAGCUGUAAGUGGUUGUUGUUCGUCCAUUUGCUUUCCAUUCUAGUUCCUGCUUGGAGAUUUUAUUUUUUACAAGUACUGUUAAAACCAUCCCUUUGAUUGAUUAUAGUUUACACUCAUGUAUGUAGUUCUCUUGCUAAAUCUUUUACUUUUUGUGCUAUGGUGAAUCAUUACUUCAGUGAAUACAGCUUCAUGUUUGUUUCUUGUAAUAUUUGUAUAUUAUUAAAAUAAAAUUGUGUCUGUGUGAAAUUAA